UUCUCCAUCUGCUGCAGGCGGAUUUGAUCCAAGGUAGGACAGGCCGGACCGGUGCAGAACGCAGGGAGUACCGGGUGAGGUCGGGCCGGUAAGGGGAUGGGCAACACGGACACCAAGCUCAAUUUCAGGAAGGCGGUGAUCCAGCUGACAACCAAAACACAGCCAGUGGAGGCUACAGAUGACGCAUUCUGGGACCAGUUUUGGUCUGAUUCAGCCACCUCAGUACAAGAUGUUUUUGCACUUAUUCCAGCUGCUGAGAUCCGCGCAGUGCGGGAGGAGUCACCGUCCAACCUGGCAACGCUCUGCUACAAGGCAGUUGAGAAGCUAGUCGCAGGAGCAGACAGUGGAUGUCAUUCAGAUAAUGAAAAGCAAAUGGUUCUGAACUGUGCACGACUUCUGACACGGGUCCUGCCAUAUAUCUUUGAGGACGCAGAUUGGAGGGGAUUCUUUUGGUCCUCAGUACCUGGGGCAGGUCGCAGCCAGGAUGAGGAAGAGGAUGAGGAUGUUUCUCGCCCACUCGCUGAAUCUCUACUCUUAGCAAUUGCUGAUUUACUUUUUUGUCCAGAGUUUACAGUGCAAAGUCACAGGAGAUCUGGAACAGAGACGACAGAAGAUAUCCACACACUGGACAGCUGUGAGUACAUCUGGGAGGCGGGCGUUGGCUUUGCUCACUCCCCUGCUCCAAAUCACACUCAUGACCUCCACAGGACAGAGCUCCUGAAGCUGUUGCUGACGUGUUUCUCAGAGGCUAUGUACCUCCCUCCCUCUUCCGAGAGCAGCACUACAGCUAACCCAUGGGUACAGUUCUUCUGCUCCACAGAGAACAGACACGCACUCCCCCUGUUCACCUCACUUCUGAAUGUGGUGUGUGCGUAUGACCCUGUUGGUUACGGAAUUCCGUAUAACCACCUACUAUUCUGGGAUUCACGUGAACCACUGGUGGAGGUGGCUGCUCAGCUGCUCAUUGUGACUCUGGAUUUUGAUCAAACAGGAUCCACAAGUCCCAGUACAGAUGGGACCACCACAAGCACAGCUAUGGAUGAAAGUGAGAGUCCAGCUCCAGACAACCUGUUUGUGAAUUACCUGUCCAGGAUCCAUCGGGAGGAGGACUUUCAGUUUAUCCUAAAAGGUGUGGCUCGGCUGCUUUUGAACCCACUCUCCCAGACAUACUUACCCAACUCCACCAAGAAAAUCCAGUUCCAUCAGGAGCUACUUGUCUUAUUCUGGAAGCUGUGUGACUUCAACAAGAAGUUCCUGUUCUUUGUUCUGAAGAGCAGUGAUGUGCUGGACAUUCUGGUCCCCAUUCUGUAUUUCCUGAAUGAUGCGAGAGCGGAUCAGUCUCGAGUGGGACUUAUGCACAUCUGUGUGUUCAUCCUGUUGCUGCUCAGUGGGGAGAGAAAUUUUGGGGUCCGUCUGAAUAAGCCGUACUCUGUGAGGGUCCCCAUGGAUAUUCCAGUAUUCACAGGGACACACGCUGACCUUCUUAUUGUGGUGUUUCACAAGAUUAUCACUAGUGGCCACCAGCGACUGCAGCCCCUGUAUGACUGUCUGCUCACCAUCAUUGUAAAUGUGUCUCCUUACCUGAAGUCCCUCUCUAUGGUGGCCUCAAACAAGCUCCUGCAUCUUCUUGAAGCUUUCUCAAGCCCCUGGUUCCUGUUCUCAUCCCCACAGAAUCACCAUCUUGUUUUCUUCCUUCUUGAAGUCUUCAACAACAUCAUCCAAUACCAAUUUGAUGGUAACUCUAGCCUGGUUUAUGCCAUAAUUCGAAAGCGUAAUGUCUUUCACCAGUUAGCAAAUCUCCCCUCUGACAAUCCGUCCAUACAGCGUGCUCUACAACGCAAGAAGAAGCCUGCUGAACCCAUAUCAAGGACCAACUCCCAAGAUGGAGCAUCAAUGGAGGGCUCUCGUCCUGCUGCCCCGGCUGAACCGGGCACACUUAAGACUAGUCUGGUGGCCACUCCUGGCAUAGAGAAACUGACUGAAAAAUCCCAAGUAUCUGAAGAUGGGACCCUCCGAGCUAUAGAACCAGAAAGCCUCAAUUCACAAGCAGAGGUCAGCCCGACCCGUCCUUUGAGUGACACUGACUCACAGAGUGGGGAUGGUCAGCGCAUGCAGAGUAGACGUUUCUCCAGCUCCUCCUCAUCCUCUCAAUGGAACCCUACAACAGACUGGGUGAUGUCUUGGAAGGUGAAGCUGCCCCUGCAGACUAUCAUGAGGCUCUUACAGGUCUUGGUACCUCAAGUGGAAAAGAUCUGCAUUGACAAGGGUCUAACGGAUGAAUCUGAGAUACUGAAGUUUCUACAGCAUGGAACUCUAGUAGGGUUACUACCUGUUCCGCACCCAAUUCUCAUCCGCAAGUACCAGGCCAAUGCUGGCACGGCUAUGUGGUUUCGCACAUACAUGUGGGGUGUCAUCUAUCUUCGGAACAUGGACCCCCCUGUGUGGUAUGACACUGAUGUCAAGUUAUUUGAAAUCCAGAGGGUUUAGAUGUCUAACCACAAAAUACCAAUACAUUUCUUUUUGGGCUUCUCUCCUCAUCUCAUCACUGGAUGCUCCCCUCUGGUGUUGUAUGCACCCACCCAUGCGCACAUGCGCCACAGAUAUACAUGUUCUCAGACUUACUGCAGUCUAAACCCUCUCAUAUACCGUACACCAAAUCCGCACAUUCACGCUCUCUGUUACAUUACUAUUUUAUAUGCUUUUAUCAAUGAAUACUGUGUCCUGUCUGUCUCUGCUGUACCGGGGUGAUCUUCUGUUGCUCCCUCUGAUCAGUAACACCACCCCUCUCCUGUCUACCUCCAUGUGAAAUCAGAUGUAAACUAAUAAAUUAUAUUAUUAACUA